GUCCAUGACAGCAGGACAUACAGACGCAUCGGCACUGUCCACACCACAUCUCAAAAAUCUCUGGACCAAAUAUCUGGCGCCGGUAACAACAACAACAGGACUGACAAAGCACAAUAGUGCCAACAUGGAAACUCCUCCCGACAGAAAACCAAAGAAACCCCACUACAUUCCACGUCCUCCUGGCAAGCCCUUCAAAUACCAGUGCUUUCAGUGUCCCUUCACUUGCAACAUCAAGUCUCAUCUCUUCAACCACAUGAAGUACAACCUGUGCAAGAACUCCAUCUCUCUGGUGUCCCAGCGCGGGGAGCAGUCAACAAGACCUUCCAGAGCUCCUCAGCACAGCAAUUCCUCCACCCAGAUCACUGAAGGAAUGCAAACUUCUGCUAAAUCCAGCCCAGUCAGGCUGGGCAACAAAGCCAGAGAGGUGGAAUGGACCAAAGAUCUAGCUUGUCAGAAGGUGGAGGAGGGAGCACAGAGAGUAGAAACUGAGAGUCCAGUGAAGAAAAGCCCAGAAUCUAUUCCUGAGUUAAUCAACAAUGAAAGCAAAGAGCUGGAAGUAGUUGAGGCCGGGAUCAAGCACACCUCAACGUCUGCCUUCUCGCCUGUCCCACGAAAGAGCGAAAGCGAGUCUCAAUCUUUACUACCCUACAAAGCAGAGCAGCCCCCUCCGCAAGCUCCUCAUUCCUUCCACAAACCAACUAUCUGGGGUCAGCAGGCCACCCCUGUACCCCUCAAACCCCCUGUAACCAGCUCCGUUGCAGACUACCCUCCAUACUUGCUUCCUGAAAGACGGUCGCAUGCCCUCUACCAACCGUACAUGCCAAGCCAAAGCAGCUCCCGUCUGAGUCUCCUAGAGCACCACAGACCACUAGUACCAGCACCUCUACUUGCUCCCAAUCCAUCCCUUCUUCCUUACCACUACAGAUACGGCCACUCCUUUCUCCCAGUCCCACAGCUGCCUUACAACCUUUAUCCACCCCCUGAACAACCUCCAACAUUGCAGUCUCUGAGGUAUCUUCCUGUUGAGAUAUACCCCCAUGGUUUUGAUCCCAGGGUCUAUGGAGGGUACAGCUAUCACCACCCAGGUUCCUACAGCAGGCAGCAAGAGGUUAGGGGGAACCAGCAGCAUGGAGAAGACAAGACAACACGGCAGAGCCCCUUGGCUGGUUGUGCUGCGUCUGGGUCCCCAGACAGGCCGAGUACUGUUGAGUUAACUCAGAAGCACCCUACCAACCUCGAGCACAUCACCCACAGAGAAACACAAUCAGACUGCACCACUCUGAGAAGAGGGCUGAUGACCGACUCAUCUAGGAGUCUGUGUAACCAAAGGAAAGAGAACAGCACACAAAAGCAAGGAAGAAACAAUAUGCAAAGCACCAGUUUAAAGAGGCACUCUGGCUACUCAUCAGAGGAAGCAGAGGAUGAGGAGAGCAAUGACGAAGGUGCUCCUCUUAACCUGUCGAAGAGGGACCGGAACACACUCACGUCCCCAGUCAACCAUGAAUCUGAGAUUGACACCAGCGCAGGGGUCAGCAAUAAAGAGGACGCUCCUCUCAACCUCUGUCUCCGUGCAAAAUCCAGUAGCCAAGCCCAGUCUGACGUAGUAAGACAACUGUGUAGCAAGUAUGCUCAGGCUGAGAGGCAACUGUUGACCAGUCCAACUGAACGAGAUCAGUGUGAACGCAGACACUCAGCAGCUUUUGCCCUCUGUCAGCUGGCCAGCUCAAGUAAUAUCAGUGCCUCUGAUCCCACUUCAGCUCCACAAGAGAACACCCAGGCCCUGAGCUGCCUGCAACUUCCAGAGCUCAAUCAAGCACCUACAGAGGACUCUGUACACAUGGAUGACCACAAAGCUCCAGCCCAGGGACAGAAACGAGCAAGCAAUGGGAUCACAAAGAAGACCAUCAAGAAGGCAAGAGUGAAAGAGCCCAUUCGAGUCCAGAGAAAAAGGAUACAAAACUGCUGAUUUAUAACCAAAUCUCUCAUUUACAGGGUCAAUGAAAAACAUGUUUAAGGGUCCACUCAAUUCAUAUUUCAGUUCUGAGCUGAUUGACAAUGUCUCCAGCUCACAUAUGAUGCUGCAGCUCAAUAAAAAUAAUAUGUCGGAAUAUGUAUUAUAUUCUACUACAUCCUGUUAAAACAGAAUUCUAACACACUCAAAGACAUUUCAGACAGAAAAUGAAUGGCUUCAUUGAAAAUAUCUAUUAUAACACUUGUUUAACUGUGUUUAUACCAUUUCUGUAUUCAAUAUAGCUUUGGUGGAAAAAUCUUGUAUAAAUUGUAUGUCUUCAUGCACUACAAGGAAAACAAAGCUUCAGUUCUACUCUUUAAGGAGUCUUUCUGUAGUGUUUUGAAACACAAUAUCUGUACAUACUCUAUGCUUUUAUGCUAACUGCAUUUUUAUAAUGUAUGCUCAAGCAGUCUAAAUGAUGUAAACACUUCACUCUUCUCAAAACUGUAGUAAAUAAAUAAAAUGUUCGUAAAAUCUA